GUGUCGGAGCGCCGAGAAAAGGCAAUCCCGCACGACUGGAGUGUUAUGCGGGACUGGAAUGGGCAAAGUGCUGUUUUGCCCCUUCAAUCGAGAGGGUAGGCAAACCCGCAAUACAGGGGUGUAAUGCGGGUUUAGUAUACCCUCUACCCGUGUCCGAAGUUUCAAGUCCCUAAAGGCCUUGGCACACAGAACGCGAUCUGUCGCGGCGGGCAGCGAUCCCGCGAUCUCCUUGGCGAUCGGCGAUACAGCUAUGCCACAUGCAAUGCGAUAUCUGUGUGAGCGAGCCAGUAUUGUAGAACAAGUUCGCAGUAAGGUUCUCUAAAAUGUAUAUACUACAAUACUACUACUAUACAUUACUAAAAUGUAAUGAGUAGUUCUGACGAAGAGGAAUUCUUGCUUCUUUUCGCGUUUGUACAGAGUACCAGCACAAGAAGACGAUUUUGGGUGCACCCAAUAAAUCAAAGGAGAGAAGAACUUGGUGAAUACCACCGUCUCUGUCGUGAACUACAUUCUCAUGAAGACAGGUUUUUUUCAUAUUUUCGCAUGUCGAGGCAAAGUUUUGAGGAGCUACAUGAAGUACUGCGACCCAGGAUUGAGAGGAUCACUACGAAUUGGAGAAGACCUAUUGAAACAAGAGAAAGAUUAGCCGUAACUUUGAGGUAUCUGGCAACAGGCGACAGUCACCAGACAAUCGCUUUUUCGUUUCGUCUGGGACGUUCAACUGUUUCCAAAAUUGUGAGAGAAGUCUGUCGAGAAAUAUGGAAUGCUUUACAGCCAAUUUAUUUGCCUGCUCCCACAACGCAACUGUGGAAAAAAGCAGAGGAAGGUUUUUCAUCUUUAUGGGGUUUUCCAAACUGUAUUGGAAGCAUAGAUGGAAAACACAUAAAAUUAAAAUGUCCCAAGAAGAGUGGAUCCAAGUUCUUUUGUUACAAAAAUCAUUUUUCACAAGUUCUUCUGGCGGUAGUAGACCCACUCUACAAGUUUAUGGUAGUUGAUGUUGGAAGUUACGGGCGACAUAGUGACAGUGCUAUUUUUGAGAAUUCAGCUUUCUACCGGCAGUACAUUUAUGAAAAAACAAUUCUCUCCCCAAAACCACUUCCUGGUACAGAUACCCCAGUUCCUCACGUUAUUGUUGGUGAUGAAGGGUUUGCACUACAACCUUACCUAAUGAGACCGUAUCCCAAAGCCACUAUGAUCUCCGAUUCAAGAAAAAAAAUUUUCAAUGCACUGCUCAGUCGAGCACGUCGUGUAGUUGAAAAUGCGUUUGGUAUAUUGGCUAUGAAAUGGCGAGUAUUUUUAAGACCAAUCGAAACAGAUGAAUCAACUGCAGAAUGGAUAGUUAAAGCAGCUUGCUGUUUGCAUAACUACAUUAUGAUAAAGAAUGAUGGAGAACAACAUUCAAGUAAUGAGGAAAUGGAAGAAGUCUCAGGGCCUAUGAAAGCUUUGGAACGAACAUUGCCUACCAAUCGAAGAUCAACAGCUACAGCAAUUCAAAUCCGUGAACAGUUUGCUGAUUAUUUUGCUGCUCGAUAAUAAAUUAUUUUUAUAUUUAAAUUAGGUAACACAGUAAUGUAUUUUAACAAACUGUUGAAACACCAUUGUUUUGAAGUGUAGAAAAGAAGAUAUUUGUACUUACU